GCAUCAUCGCCAGCCCUUGAUCGAUACGGUAUGCGAAUUACGAUGAUUACAUUGUCACUGGUCGAUCUUCUGCUGAAGUAAACAUUGACGAGGGAUGUUUAUCCAGAUCGUGGCAAAUCUAGACUGAACUUUGUGGAUUUCAUUUUGAGAACCCUGGCAUAGUAGAGUGAUGGAUUCAAUUGAGAGUUCUGCAUACACUGUUAUCUUGAUUGAUUCUGAUGAAUGGGAGAUACAAGAUGCUUGUGAACAAACAGAGGAAGAUGGAUGUAAUCCAGGAAUGGAAGACCAGUGUGGUACAGAUUCUCUCAAUUAUUUAAAAGCUGUAUUGAUUGAGGAAGAUGGUGGACACGAGAUUGAUUCUUCAAAGAUCACCAUCCCUGCAGGAGGACAAGUUGAAGAAGAGAGUUUUUUACCUGUUGUACAGAGUAAUCUAGGGCAAACAGAAUUGACUGAAAGUGAUGGCAAUAACUGUAUAUCUAUUUCAGAUCCUUUAUCACCCUCACAGUCAAUGCUUAUGUGUUCAGAGGUGAUCAUAGGAGGAGAUGUUGAUGAGAAUGAUCCGAGGAGAAUAGAAGGAGAAUCAGGAGAGUUACCACAUCAACUUUCAGUCCUUCAGGCCAAGGAUGUAGUGAGUUCUCCAGAUAUUUUGAUCCAAGACAGCUUAUCACCAGAUAUCUUACAGAAACCCCAAAAUGACCGGAGAUCUGAAACUGGAAUUGAGCAUUCAAUGACAUUCAAGUGCAGUCUGUGUGCAAAGGUUUUCAGGUCUGAGAGCAGUUUCCUGCGACACAAGAAUGUACAUCGGCUGAAUAGUCGUAGACCUGUCACACAGGUACCACAAUUGGACAUUCAUUACAUUGAUGGAACAAAGAAGAAGGAUCAUCUAAAGAAUCAAGAGUUUGGCUGGACCAUUAAUUUACACAAGAAUAAUAGUGACGGGCUUGAAGCUCAAAGCAAAAGUAGAGGAAGUCAUCAAGAAGAUUCCAAAUCUUUAAAAAUGGAAACAUCAGACAGUGCAACAAAAUCUAGUCCAUCUGUGGAGAACAUAUCGACAUCAAAAAGAAUGUCAGAAUCACAGGUGAAUGAAAAGAAACAAGUGAAUAGAAAUGUGCCAAAACCUGAGGACGUUCAUGAAAGGAACAAAACUUUAUCUUGUGGUCUGUGUAUUGAAGGUUUCUCAAGCUCUGCUGAACUGGAUGCACACAUGAUGAUACAUUCCAAUUUCAGCUGGGAUGAACAUGGUGGGUUGAACUUUCCAUCCGAUGCAGAACGGAAGUCUAGUAAGCAAAAAAUCAAUGAUGCUGUGCAGAUGGCAAAAGCAGGAUUUGGGAAGCAUAAUUUUUCUUGCAAUCUUUGUGGUAAGGUGUUUUCACGCCAAGCUCAGCUGAAGUUUCAUCUGAUCUCACAUUCAGACGUCAGUUGUGUAUUGUGUGACGGGUUGACAUUCGCUACAAGCGAAGAAUUGAAAAUUCAUUUGAAGACACAUUUUGGAAGUAAAAAGCCUCGAAAGAAACAUGACAGACGAUUGUCUUGUAACAUUUGUAAAAAGUAUUUUGCUCAUCCUCAUCAGCUGCGUAAGCAUUUGUCUUUGAAAUCUUGUGUUCCUGAUAAGUCUGUUAUGACAGUACAGCAUAAGGGCUUUGAACAUUCGGUGGCAGAAGGCUUUAGCAAGUCCCCCCAGAAGGUAAAUGAUCAAUUUUCUUGCAGUAUUUCCGAUGGUUGGAUAUCCUGUGAAACUCGAAAGGCCACGAAGCAUACUGCCAAUAAGCACAAGACUGUACAGAGUGGCCAUUCUAAGACACGGCCAUCAAAAGGACAAAGUAAGCAACCUCAAGGACAAAUCAAGACACUAAAGGUGAUACCUGCUCAAAGACAGCUUGCUAAGAAAAGGCGCAAGCAUUCAGCUACAAAACAGACCUCUAAGACCAGUCAAGAAAUGACCUCAGAUUCUGUGGGAAGCAUUGAUAGAGCCUUUCCAUGUUACCUGUGUGGUGUAGAGUUCUUAAAGCCAGCUGAACUUGAGCUUCAUAUCCAUUUGCAUUCAGCCUACAACUGUGAACAAUGUGAUGGUUUGACAUUUGCUUCUAGGGAAGAAUUAAGAUCUCAUAUGCUUAAUGGUGUCCAUGCUGUGCAGUUGAAAUGUCCUGUCUGUAAGGCAAUGUAUGCUUCUCAAAGUAGUCUAUCAGAUCAUAUUGCAACCCAUUCAGAUGCUACCCCAAGUGUAUGUGAAUAUUGUUCUUCUACCUUUCACUCAUUAAAAUCUUUGAAAAUACAUCAAAUCAUGGACCACGCCAAUUCUAAAGUUAUUAAAAACUGAUGAAAUGAUUGAAAGUUAAUUUGAUAAGUACAGUAAAAUAAUUCGUACAUGUAGAUACAUUAUAAAGCUGUACGAUUGAUUUUGGACUAUUGCUCAUGAAAUAAUCAGCUCCAUGAUCAAUUGCUAAGCUUAAGGUACAAGGCCCUUGGUGGUGUCUCACAAAAAAUUGAGUUUGACUCAAGAGUCACUCUUGAAUUCUAGUUGUGUAUAAACACAUCACUGCAUUGGUCAGAUCAUGUGACAGUGAAGCGUUCUACUGUACAUAGACAUCAAUCAGAUUACAUGUUAAAUAAUCUGUUCUUGGGCAUUACCAUUAACAUCUCCUGCUGGAAUGAAAAAUGUCAACAACUGAGGAAAUGAGGUGAUUAAUUAAGGUCUACUUACAAACAUCUAUUUUUGUGCAAUAAUUACUAUUUCUAGGAAUAAGGGAUUGUAGAAAUUAUAAUAAAUAGGCUUUAUUUGCAAACUCAGCACAGUAUAGAAUGUGCAGUGCAAACUGUGCAAACUCGAGAAGCAGGCUUUCUGAAUAUUAGCUUGUAUAAUGGUCUCAAUUUAUGCAUACAAACAGAAAGGUUAUCGUAAGUCUGUGUGAAAGUAAAGGCCCGGUCCCACUGCACUUACAGAUGCAAAGAGGAUGUAAAACAGACAAAAUUGUGCCAUCUGUUGUUGGAAAAUGCUAUGCAUCCAUUGUUUACUCAUAUUAUCAUCAUGAUUUUUAUUUGUUUGGCGUCACCUGACUUGGGAGGCGAUAAGUGAACUGAAUCACUGUGAC